CCCGCCCAUUGUUUGUUGAUUCAAUACGCUUCCUGCCCAGGCACCUCGAGCCUCCCUACAACCCUCGAUCCUAGCCAACAGCCGCUCAUCACCAUGUCGGGCAGCGGGGCCAGGGAAGCCGUCUUCCCAACCCGGCAGUCGCUCGGGCUGAUGAAGACCAAACUCAAGGGCGCGCAAACCGGCCACGAUCUGCUGAAGCGCAAGAGUGAAGCCCUCACAAAGCGUUUUCGAGAAAUUACCCGCCGCAUCGAUGAGGCGAAGCGCAAGAUGGGGCGCGUCAUGCAGAUAGCCGCCUUCUCGCUCGCCGAAGUCACAUACGCCGUUGGCGGUGACAUAGGCUACCAAAUCCAAGAGUCGGCGAAGCAAGCUCGCUUCCGCGUCCGCACCAAGCAGGAGAACGUCUCGGGUGUCUUUCUCCCGCAGUUUGAGAGCUAUACCGCCGAGAGCAACAACGACUUUGCCUUGACUGGCUUGGGGAAAGGUGGUCAGCAGGUCCAAAGGUGUCGGGAAACAUAUGCCAGGGCCGUGGAGACGUUGGUGGAGCUGGCCAGUCUACAGACUGCAUUUGUCAUAUUAGACGAGGUCAUCAAAGUCGUCAACCGUCGUGUGAAUGCCAUCGAGCAUGUCAUCAUACCCCGUACUGAAAACACAAUCAAGUACAUCAACUCAGAGCUGGACGAGCUGGACCGCGAGGAAUUCUACAGGCUGAAAAAGGUCUCGGGUAAGAAACAGAGAGACGCGGCCGAGUCAGAACUCGAGAGGGCGAAUGAGAAGGCUUCUGCGUCCAAAGACCAGGCGGAAGAGGAAGCUGCAGACGCUGGUGAUAGUCAAGAUCUACUGGGUGAUAAAGACAAUGAGGAUGUAAUCUUCUAA